GGUCUGCUGCUACGGCUCAACUAGCCGAGGCAAUAGCACAUGAAGUGUACCGCCAAUUGUCCAACCGCUACAGCCUGCAAGCGCCUUUCGCUGCAGGGGACAUCGUUAAAAUCGUACAAUCCUACGCUCAAAUGGGGCUAACCGAUGGAUCCAUCGCUCGCAUGUACGACGCGGUUGGCAGUCAUGUUGCUAAACGCAUUCGCGCUGGUCAUGUGGGUGCAAUGACGCGUCCUGCGGACUGCGCAGCACUGCUGCAGGGUUUCGCUGAUGCGGGUCAUGUUAGCGUGGUGGUGCCGGAGCUGCUCACAGCAUGUGCAAUGCAGAUUAGUCAGGA